AUGUCGCCCCUGGCAGGCAACCUUAUCAGGCAGUGCUUGUUAGUGGACCCGUGCGACCGGCCAACAGCAAUGGAGUUGCGUUUGCAUCCCUUCUUUGGAAAGUGCCGCACGGUAAAGCUGUGCUCCGGUGUGAGGACGCUCAGCAUUGAAAGCUCAGCGAGUGUGGAGGAAAAUCUGGUCGCAUGGAAUAAGCGACGAGAAUCGAAGGAGUCCACUUCGACGAACUCGAGCUUUACUGCCAGCAGGCGCAUCGCGCUGGAGAAUCCAACAUUGGAUGCCAAUGUGAUGCUGCCGUCUUGCGGUUUAGUCAACAUCGGCGACUCACGCGUCGGUCGUGAAGCGCCACAGGUCCAGCGCGGCUCGGUAUGGCUGGAGGUGGAGGAGAAAAUACAGCGAAAGGAGCGUGCUCGCAAGCUGUCGCUGAAAGCGAGCCCUCUGUUUCUGGGUGGCCGGAGCUUUCCUACGCCGCCGACACCGCCAGCAGAGCGAUCCCCUCAGCCAUUUUUCCACUCGGCUGCUCGCCUGGGCAACCUUACUUCCUCCGCGCGACUCCGGAGCCACAGUAUGUAUCUCAGCACCCCCAAAGCUUGCGAUGC